AUGAACAGGGCGGUCUCAUUCAUUUGCCCAUUACUUCAUUCCCUUUUUCAGGUUUCUUCAUUCCAGCUCGCACUCGACGUCAAUUCCUUCUCUUUCUCCUUCCCUUUCCUAUUCUUUCUCCUGUGAUACACACCAUCAAUACCGCUGCCACUCUCGCUUCCCUUAUUUUUUUUUCUUAUUUUUUUUUAUUUCUGGUUCUCGCGCCGCUUCAGCAAGCUGGAUCUGGUUAACCAUACAUAUUCCUUGCCAUGCGAGACUUCAGCAAACCUGCCAGGGCACUUUUUGCCCUCGCAAUAACCAUGUUAUGGUUCGCUGCCCUCUUUGCGCCUUUUGCCCAUGCCUAUGUAGACAACGUGCAGGAUGAACCCCUAUCGGAUUCAUCACUCCUCGCCUUGGAUACACUCCCCAGCAGAGGCGGCAGCAGUAGCGGAGAUGCAAUUUCCUUGGUACCAGGCGCCAUGUUCAUGUCCUCACCCAUGUCGCCCGCAAACCCAUUCUUGGCAUCGAUCAUCGCAGGAGCAGACCCUCGCCGGCCCGAGGAUUGCCCACCCUGUUUCAACUGUCUUUUGGAUGCAUUUCCAUGCUCACAUUUCGCACCCUGCAACAGAUAUGAUGGUCGAUGCAACUGUCCUCCUGGAUUUGCGGGUGAUAAUUGUUCUGUGCCAGUCUGCGGUGCCCUUUCGGAUGGCAAAGAUCGACCCCAGCGCGAGAAGGACCAGAAAUGUCAGUGCAAGGAUGGAUGGGCGGGCAUUAACUGCAAUGUCUGCACAGCCGAUCAUGUCUGCGAUUCGCUUGUCCCUUCUGGCAAGAACGGAACCUGCUACGAUGGUGGACUCACAGUCUUUGAGAACUUUCAACAGUGCGACGUUACAAAUCGAAAGAUCCUAGAUACACUGGGACCAGAUCAACCUCCAGCCAUCACUUUCUCUUGUAAUCAACAGAACAAGACCUGUGAUUUUCAGUUCUGGGUUGACCAGGUCGAGUCCUUCUACUGCCACCUGGACGAAUGCACAUUUGGGCAAGACAUCCAGUACGACAAGACCGUGACAACCUACAAAUGUCCCAAGAUCAAAUGCUCCUGUAUCCCCGACCGCAUGCUCUGUGGGAAAGACGGCAGUGUUAACAUUGACGAUUUUCUCGCAGAGGAAAUUCAAGGGCCUGCGGAUUUCGUCUGUGGUCAAGAUCACAAGUGCACUUUCGAGGAACCGGCCAUGAAUGAAUUGAUCAUGACCAUGUUUGGCGAUCCAGCUAUUUAUCUGAAGUGCAAUGGCGGCGAGUGUUUGCAUUAUACGCAAGUCCCUGGGUUCGAGCGUCCGCCUCGUCCGGAUUAUACAAUGGCGAUCAUUUUGUCGAUUGGAGGCGUGUUUGCGUUCCUGGUCGGACUGGGGCUGGCGGUGUGGUACUUGGCCAAGAGAUCAGGCUCCUCAGGACAAGGAUAUAUUGCACUUCCGGAUGAUGAGGCAGCGAAAUUAAUGGCGGAACAUAUCCCUGCGACUUUGAUGUUCAAGAAGAUGAAUUAUUCUGUGAAUGGCAAGGACAUACUGACGGAUGUCAGCGGAUUGGUCAAGCCAGGCCAGGUGAUGGCGAUCAUGGGUGCUAGUGGUGCGGGCAAGACCAGCUUGCUAGACAUUUUGGCCAGGAGAAAUAAGUACGGGACGAUUCAGGGUCAGAUCUAUGUGAAUGGGCGGAUCGUCUCUGAUCAGGAAUACAAACAUGUCGUUGGUUACGUCGAUCAAGAAGACACGCUCAUGCCGACGCUGACCGUAUAUGAGACGAUCCUUUACUCUGCACUGCUCCGCCUGCCUCGCGAUAUGUCCUACGAUGCCAAGCGCUACCGCGUGAUGGAGACCAUGUCUGAGCUGGGCAUUCUUGAUAUCAAGGAUAUGCGUAUCGGGGCGAGCGGACGGCGUUCCAUUUCGGGUGGAGAAAAGCGUCGCGUCUCCAUUGCCUGUGAACUCGUCACAUCGCCGUCAAUCCUCUUCUUGGACGAGCCCACCUCCGGCCUGGACUCAUACAAUGCCUAUAAUGUUGUCGAGUGUCUUGUCAAUCUGGCCAGGAACUAUAACCGUACAGUGAUUUGUACGAUCCACCAGCCACGGAGCAAUAUCUUUGCACUUUUUGAUCACUUGGUUUUAAUGGCGAAGGGACAGCUCGUUUACUCUGGUGAGACCAGGCUUUUGAAUGAACAUCUCAGGAAGCUGGGACAUCACUGUCCAGAGGGAUAUAACAUGGCGGACUACAUGCUAGACCUGACCAUGUACACCGGAAAAUUGAGCACCAGCAGAAGUGACUCUGCAGUUGGAGGAGGGCUAGAGGGAUAUACUCAACGAUACGGCUCGCCUUCAGCAGAUGCAGCGGUACCAGGCACCACAAGCUCGAUUUCUCCAGCUGUCGGAUCCGAUGGACUGCCGCUCAUCGCACGGGAACUCAGUAUGGCUGACGAUACCCGCCAUUGGGAAAGUGAAUUGGCGUCCCGUGAACACGAGAAUCCCAGAGCUGCCGUCGGGGCGGUAGAAAAUACCUCUAUUGGCAUCGAUCCUCCGUCCACAUCAAGAGAUGCCGAGAGUGCCCGACUCACCGCAGUGGAAGAGGCGGUUGCGAAGGCACAUCUGGACUCGCUCGUGGAAGGAUUCAGAGAGAGCGCGAUCUUGGCGGAGGUGGAGCAAGGUAUCGACACGGCCGUACAGGCAGCUUCAGUCUCGAACAGUGACAGUGACAGCAACGGAAGAACCACGCCAGUUCCUCAGCAGCAACAGGCACAACUACCAGGCAUCUCUGAGAAGGCUGUCGCGACAUAUCGCCGCGCAUCUUGGUGGAGUCAGUUCAAGAUUUUGGCAGACAGGACGUUGAAGAACAUUUAUCGCGAUCCCAUGUUGAUGCUCUCGCACUAUGUGGUGUCGAUCUUUCUGGGACUUCUCUGCGGUGCACUCUUUUAUAAGGUGACAAACGACAUCCCAGGAUUUCAGAAUCGAAUGGGCGUGUUCUUUUUCAUGUGCGCUCUGUUCGGAUUCUCUUGCUUGUCGAUCUUACCAUCGUUUGCACAUGAAAGGAUCCUGUUUGUCCGGGAGCGCGCGAACGGGUAUUAUUCGCCGUUUACAUAUUUCGUGGCGAAGGUCGUGUUCGACAUCAUACCCUUGCGAGUGAUCCCGCCCAUGCUGAUGGGAUUGAUCAUUUACAACAUGGUUGGAUUGGUCGAGGGGUGGAACGAGUUCGGAAAGUUCUUCUUGGUCCUGGUCUUGUUCAAUUUCACUGCGUCGGGGAUCUGCCUGAUGAUUGGAAUCGUUUUUGAAGCGGUCGGGGUUGCCAACUUGAUGAGCAGUCUAAUCAUGCUGUUCUCGAUGCUGUUCGGAGGACUUUUGCUGAACAAGGAAUCCAUUCCGGAACACCUGUCGUGGCUGCAAAAGCUGUCGUUCUUCAACUUUGCCUUCGAAGCAUUGUUAGUCAACGAGAUUACAUUCCUGCAGUUGGUCCAAAAGGAAUAUGGACUUGAGAUCGAUGUGCCUGGUGCGGUGAUUCUGUCAACGUUUGGAUUUAACUCGGGCGCAUUCUGGAAGGACGUCCAAAGCUUGGGUAUUAUGGCUGCCGUCUUCUUUACCGUCGCCUUUGUCUGGCUUCACUUUAGAGUGAAUGAAAGACGAUAGUCAUAACUCCGUCGUUCGUUCUUUUCGUUUCGCGUUGUAACUUAAAAGUCUUGCCCAACGUAGGAUUGACAGUUUCAUUGAUAAGUCUCAAUGAAACAUCACUAAAGUGUUAGUGAAAGCGGGGGGGAUUUUUUUCU